GAUUCUGGACUAACCAGAAACUUCCAUUUCAAAGCACGUUCCCUUCCCUUCAUCAUUCAUUGAUUCCAUACCAGAUUUCUGUUAUGAUCAUCUCUAUCUUCUCUCAACUUGCCAACUUGUUUCUUGUGUUGUAGUCAAAAUGUCCGACAACGACGAUCAUACAGCAGACUUCACCAAUGGCGAAAUAUCGCCUCCGAGGAUGAAACAGAGGCUCAGGGAUAGAUCCAAGGAAAUGCUUUCCAAACAAGCUGUGCAGACGAAGCAAAUGCUUUCUGAACAGGCGGUUAAGAUCGCCAAACGAGCUGAAGAACACGAAAAGUUCAUCAACAAGGUGACGCAUCUUUUGGGUGUUCUUGGCUUUGGAGGGUUCUGUUUCAUAUUGGGGGCAAGACCCCAAGACAUUCCCUAUGUAUAUUGUUUGUUCUUCUUCAUAUUUGUUCCGCUUCGUUGGAUAUACUAUAGGUUCAAGAAAUGGCAUUACUAUCUACUGGAUUUCUGCUAUUAUGCAAAUACAAUCUUCUUGGUUGAUCUUCUUUGUUAUCCAAGGAAUGAAAAGGUUUUCAUGGUUUGCUUUUCUUUUGCUGAGGGGCCAUUAGCAUGGGCUUUGAUUGUUUGGCGCUGCAGCUUGGUUUUCAGUUCUCUCGACAAAAUUGUCAGUGUUCUUAUCCAUCUUUUACCUGGAAUUGUUUUUUUUACUAUUCGGUGGUGGAAUCCUGCAACCUUCGAAGCAAUGCAUCCAGAGGGAACUGCUCGAAGGGCUACAUGGCCUUAUGUUGAAGAUAAAUCCUAUCUCUGGACAUGGCUGUUUCUGGUACCCUUAGUAGUUUACUCUCUGUGGCAGCUUCUAUACUUCCUCAUUGUCAAUGUCUUGCGCCGACAAAGGUUUCUAAGAGAUCCUGAAGUAAUGAAUUCCUACAGGGAACUAUCGAAAAAAGCUCAGAAAGCAAACAAUGUAUGGUGGCGCUUAAGCGGGUUGCUCGGGGAUCAAAAUCGCUUGCUAAUGUACAUUUUUCUUCAAGGCUUAUUUACCGUGGCAACCAUGGCACUUACUGUCCCCAUAUUCUUGUCAUAUGAAUUGCAUGUAGCUUUCCAAAUACUCAAGGUUUCGGCUUCAAUAUGGAAUGGAGCAAGUUUUCUGUUGGAAGUAAUGCCUAGGCAGGCAAUUCUGAAGGAGAAAAAGAAGUCAGAGACACAACCUUCUCAAGGUCAAUUGGAUCAAGCAUCAAUGGUGAUGGAAAACGGUAGCAACGAUGCUGUUGGGACAUCUGAUUCGUGACGUAGUGCUCAACUAAUAUCCAUGUACUUUUGUAGUUGUAUUCGUUUGGUUACUGAUUCAUGGUUCUGAAUAGACAAGUUCUUAUGAGUAGGAGUAGGAUAAUAAAUACAUAUUUCUCUUUUGUUUUUCUUCUCAUUCAAUGUGCAUUCCUUCAAAUGGAUACUCUGUAGAAUGAAGUCUUAGAUGUGUGGAUAUGUGUAUGGUAAAAAAAAUGUGCUUAGUUUUUGGCAAA